GGGCUAAUGAUUUGAUUUGAGCUGCAUGCUGUGGCGAUCAACAAGCGAAAUUCCACACACAAUCCCUGCAUAAAAACACGCAUUCCAACUGCAUUCUCUUUCGAUACACUGUGGCCCCAGACACGUGAAAUACGAUUAAUUUUGUGUGUGCGGUGUGUGUGACGCGGUUUUGACCGAUCUACGGUACACAGUAUCUUUCUCCGAGCUCCUCGCCUACGAACCGGCUACACUCCUACAGGUCCUUGUUUUUGCCUCUAUCAUUAAUUUUACGGCAAUAUAAUGGCUGAUCAACUCACUGAAGAGCAAAUUGCAGAAUUCAAGGAGGCUUUCUCCCUAUUUGACAAGGACGGUGAUGGCACCAUCACUACUAAGGAGUUAGGCACAGUGAUGAGGUCACUGGGUCAAAACCCAACUGAGGCGGAGCUUCAAGAUAUGAUCAAUGAAGUUGAUGCUGAUGGAAAUGGAACGAUAGAUUUCCCAGAAUUCCUCACGAUGAUGGCAAGGAAAAUGAAGGAAACAGACAGUGAAGAGGAGAUCAGGGAGGCAUUCCGGGUAUUUGACAAGGAUGGCAAUGGCUUCAUCAGUGCUGCCGAGCUUCGCCAUGUGAUGACAAAUCUUGGUGAGAAGUUGACAGAUGAGGAAGUUGAUGAAAUGAUCAGGGAAGCAGAUAUCGAUGGUGAUGGCCAGGUCAACUAUGAAGAGUUUGUAGCCAUGAUGACUUCAAAGUGAGAACUGUUUUCAAGGUCUUUCAUUAUUCACGUGCGUGCCACCUCCUAUUUCAACGUUGCCACCUGUCAUGGACUUCUCAACUAUCCCCUUCUCCUUAUAUGGACAGACCUACAUUGUAAACCUGCCAUCUUUUCUACAAUGCAUGUAGCAUGGCUGUAUUGUCUUCUCUACACUUAAGUCAAGUUUAUAUGCUUUGAAACUGCGCAUUCCAUGCCAAGGAUAUUUCCCAGCUUUCCCUACCCGCAGCCAUCUACCUAUUAAACUUGUUACUCUUUCUCACCAUGGAAAUGUUCCAGGAUGCUGUUUAGUGCUUAUUGAGUACUCCACUCUGUCUCUUGGACCACUCUCUUAGAUGCUUUCCCUUGUGCCUUGUAGCAAUCCAUAUAAAACCCUCAAACAAUGCACGCGCACCUUGUACAAUUCAAUUGGCAGCAAUAUCAAUAUUUAGGUUUUUUUGUAAGUAUACUCUCCUGUAUAUAGAGAGCUCUAUGAUUGUGUAGAGUGAUUUGGUAAUUUCUUUUUAAUUAUUCAUGAUAUUGACUGUUCUGAAAAGUAAACUUUAACAGGGUUUGUUUUGUGUUUUAUUUCUGGUUGUUGCUCUUGCAAUUGCAAGAACCAUUUUUUCCCUGCAAUUUAUGUUUUUUCGCAAGAUUGUGUGAGUUGCCAAAGGCAGAAUUUUUUGCAUUCCGUAAUUUCAUGUUUUAUGUUUUCCAUCAUUUUUUGCAAUCUUUCAAUCUUGUUUACUGCAUAAACCUUGAAUUGGAGAAAAAAAAGAAAUAUAUAUGUUGCAAGCCUUUUGAUAGGCCUUUUGCAGAAAGUUUUUCAAGUAUGCAAAGUACAGUGAUCAUGUGGAUUGUUCAUGUAGAUAAACUUCUGUAUCAUUUGUAAGAGAAGACGUUCCCUUUGGGCUAAAUCUCUGAACGAAGUGAUUUUAUAUUAAACGUGCCAUUAUGACAUGAAAUGCAUGAGUUAUGCAAUGGAGCUGAUACACAAAAGGAAAAAGCAUGAUGAAUCCAUUUUUGAAUGACAGCAUUUGGUUUUCAUGGGGAAACAGUUGAGCUCAACUAAAAUUUGAUUUAUCUUUUUGUACUUAUUUACUUCUUGGUGUCUCCUGAUAGUGCUUAUAAUUUUUUUCAAGACUUCCUAAACAGUCUUUCCUUGAUUACAUAGCUUAUAACAUAUUACCUACAUAUGUUUACAUAUCAACCGAUAAUGUGUUUGUCAACAAACAUGCAUACAAUACAGUAGUUGUAUAUAUAUAAUAGCUGUAUGUGAUUUCUUUGAGUCAUAUAAAUUGGGCUCGGCUCAUAUUUAUAGAUAUGGAAGAUGUACUGUAUUCUACUCAUAGAUUAACUUAAGACAAUUCCUAGCAAACUAUUUAACAAAAGUUCAUUGAUAUCAUUUAUGCAUGAAUAUCAAUUAUGUCUGGAUUAAUCAGUGUUCACUGUUUCGUUACCAGUUUUCGAAUAUAACAUAAUAUUGGUAUUAUCAUACAGGUACAUGUACAAUUAGAAGCAGCUCAACAAUACUAAUCAUAUACUA